CACACAUUUUACAUUUGACAUCGUGAGAAUCAUACAAGCUCAUAGAUGUCACGCGUUUAUCAUACAGUAACACAUACAAAUAACUUUGUAUAAUGGAUUUACAUUCAAGACAGUUAACGCUUGGAUCUGGAAUAAUUCCAUCUGUUGGCCUCGGAACUUACACAUUCUUCGAAAAACAUGGAAGCUCAGAUGAAACGGAAGCCGCUGUAGGUCUUGCCAUCGAUGCUGGAUAUCGCCAUUUCGAUUGUGCAUGGGCUUAUGGAACGCAAGCAGUAGUUGGAAGAAUGUUGGAAAAGAAAAUAAACGAAGGUGUCAUUGAGCGGAAAGAUGUUUUCAUUACUACCAAGUUAUGGAAUACGCAUCACAACCCGAAGCUCGUGAUGGGGGAAUUGAUGGAGUCGUUGAAGCAACUACGAACAAACUAUGUUGACAUGUUCCUUAUGCAUUGUCCAACGGGAGAAAAAGACCAGGGUUUCAGCGGAGAAGUUCUCUUUUCAAUAGACACGAAGGAAUUUGAAAACUACCCACUAGAAGAUGUUUGGAAAGAGAUGGAAAGAUGUCAUCAGUUAGGAUUAACAAAAAAUAUUGGAUUAUCAAACUUCACCAUUGAUCAAACGAAUAGAAUUUUUGACUGCUGCACCAUACAGCCGUCCAACAUUCAGAUUGAGGUCUCACCUUAUUUCCUCAACGAGCGUUUGGUUAAGUUUUGUUUAGGCAGGGGAAUGACUGUCACAUCUUUCAGUCCACUAGGUUGCCCUUCACAUCCAGUGAGAUUAGCGGGAGAAAAAGGUCCUCUUGAAGAUCCUGUCCUCAUGGAAAUGGCCAAAGGAAAAGAGAAAUCUGUAGCACAGAUUAUUCUUCGGUUUCUAAUACAGUACGGAACUGUCGUGAUUCCCAAAAGUGUCACCCCAUCUAGAAUCAAAGAAAAUAUAAAUGUGUUUGACUUCGAGUUGUCAGAAGAAGAAAUGCAGAGGAUAAAAUCUUUAAAUAAAAAUAAAAGAGUAUACAAAGUGAUAAGGUUGAAACAUCACCCGGAAUAUCCGUUCGACGCACCUUUGUAAAUUUUCUUUACGGCAUUGGGCAAAUUUACAGCUGAGGAUAAAUAUUACCAAGAUUUGCCGGUCAAGAUUAUGAUUAAGAUAUUUAUCGUUAUGCCCUGCCAUGAAAAGAGGGGUUGUUUUAUUGUUAUAUUCAAAGCUUUUAUAUGUAAUAUUGUUAUAUUAGCAGCUUUUGUGUGUAUAUGUGCGAUAAAUAAACUGCGUGUCCAAUGAUAAACAUCAGCAUACAUUAUGAUUUCAAAAAAGUUGAAUCAAAUGACCAGCUUAAGUUGAUGAUAAUCUUAUAGUUCAAAACCAACAAUUCAAAGGUCAAUGUCUUUGCAGGGGUAGAGCUUUGUGUUUUUGUUGCGGCUGAUAUGAACUUCUUCAUACAUGAAUCGAUUUCAUCAUAAAUUCAUCAAAGUUAAAAGAUAUAAACAUUUAAUGUUUCUAACUUAUUCGUAAAUGGUGUUAUUAUUCGUGUCCGGUUUUACACUUCAGCAUGUAUGAUGAAUUUUGCAAUAAAAUUAGUUCACACGAGAACCAUAAUUAAAUGAUGAAUUGCGUGCAAAUAUCUAUCCAAAAUGUAGGAAUGUUGUUUUUGUUUUCUUAAUAUUCUGAAGUGGUCAUUAGUAGACGAUAAGUUGAGUCCAAAACCAAUGGCAUUAUGUUAAAAGUGAAAGUAAUCUGAAUGGAAUAUUGAUUUUAUCAUAUGAGAAAAAAUAAUAUUCUUUAUUAUCUGUCGCAUAUGUAAAUAAAAAGUAAAUAAAAUGUUUAAAAGUUCCUUAUAUCAUGUCUUCACCUGAUGUGAAAUAAGAACAUUGUGUUCAAGUUGCCAACUUGUAAUAAAAAUAUCCAAUCAUUUAGAUAUUACUAUAAUAAAUACAAAUAGUAAAAACAAUUCAUAUUAUAAAAUCUUCAUAUAAAACUAGGGAAAACAUAAAUAAUAUAUUUUAAAUAAUAUGAUAAAAAUAUUUUCGACCAAACAAGGUGUGAAUGGAUAUUCAAAAGAGGAAACGGUCACUUGGUAGAAGCAAUGCAGUGCCUGUUUAACCUUUACCCCGCUUAACUCCUUAAACUAACACCUUGACGUAACAAUUUGACGUAAAUCUAUGUACAGGUGAUAAUGGAUGUACAAUGAUGAAAAUAUAUUUUAACUAAUAUAUUAGGUUGUACAAUAGCGUAAAUCUAUCUACAGCUGAGAAACUGUGUACAAUGGCGUAAAUUUAUCUACAGCUGAGAGAGGGUGUACAAUGACAUAAAUCUGUUACCAGUAAAAUCAAAGACAUACUUCUUCUAUAUUUUUUUUACGAAUUAUCAUAGUAAGCUUACGCGAAUAUGUAAAAAGCUAGUUACUGGCGACAAGAAAAUCAAAAGCAAAGGAAAGUGUGAUAUUCAGACUUGAUUAACUUUACAAAUGCUGCUGAAAAUUAAACAAGAGUAUUAUCAAUUACUUUAAGUUAAAUAUUAGACCAAAUAUUGUUUUCUAUAAAUGCUGCUGUUAUAAAAGAAAUUAUCAUUUCUAACUGCUGCAUGACCAUAGUGUAUUCUGGUGUCAGGAAAAUAAUUAUUAUUGCUCAUUUUUGUAUCUUAUGCUUUCUUUAGAUGGAUAAAAUGCAUCUUAGCUAAAAAAAAAUAAAGUGGACUACAAUACCUCAAUUGGUAUUCUGUAUGCUGAAGUUUUAUGUUGUGCUUUUAUCGAUUAUGAAAAAGCUUUUGAUACUGUGAUUCGGGGUGCAUUAUGGGUUAAACUUUUAAAAACGGGUAUAAGUUGAAAAAUGAUUAAUAUUAUUAGGUCAAUAUAUACGAAUGUUAAAUCAUGUGUUAGAUUGUCCCGAAACAUGAAACUAUCAGAAUUGUUUGACGUCACUGUGGGCUUAAAGCAAGGGGAACCACUCUCCCCGUUACUUUUUAUUUUGUUCAUAAAUGAUAUACAUGAAAGUCUUGAUUUUAACCUGUUAACUGAAAAAGAUUUAGAUAUGUUGAGUAUGUAUAUGUUACUUUUUGCUGAUGAUAUAGCUCUUUUUACCACUAGUCCUGAUAGUCUUCAAACACAACUAAACAUGGUUCAAAAUUAUUCUACAAAAUGAGGUCUUACGAUUAAUGUUAAAAAAACAAAAAUAUGUAUUUUUGAGAAAAGAAAACAACCGUGUAAUUAUGUUUGGACAAUAAAUGAUGAAAUUGUAGAAGUUGUUGAUAAUUUUACUUAUCUUGGUGUAAAUUUUACUUAUACAGGUAAUUUGAAAAAUUCUGUUAAAAAUUUAUCAAAUCAAGCUCUCAAGGCUUAUAAUUCACUAUUACAAUUGUUUUAUAGAGUGAACUUAGAUAUUAAAACUAAACUAGCUCUUUUUGAUUCUAUGGUUGUACCAAUAAUUUUGUAUUGCUCUGAUGUAUGGGGAAUUUAUGAUUUUAAGGAGGUAGAUAAACUUCACAUCAAAUUUUGUAAAAUAGUUUUAGGUGUGAAACAACAAACUCCAAAUCCUGCGGUUUUUAGCGAGCUAGGAAGGUACCCUCACUCUGUUAUUAGUAAAGAGAGAUCAUUACAAUACAGGCUAAAAAUAAUGAAUAAUCAAAAUUCACCAAUGUAUAAAUUAUAUAUUGAACAAUGUAACACAAAUAACAAUAAUUCAUGGGCAUCUAAGAUUAAAACAUUAGUAGAUGACUUAGGAUGUAGUUAUAUUUAUUUAACUUCCUGGGUCAAUUACAACUUUGCACCUAUUUUAAAGCAGAGGUUACGAGAUCAAUAUGUACAAAAAUGGCAUGAAUGUAUAGAAGACAUGUCCAAAUUGGAAUAUUAUAGAAUGUAUAAACAAUGUUUUGUUUUUGAAAAAUAUUUGGAAUGUAUUAAUAUAGAUAAAAUUAGAAAAUGCAUGACAGGCUUUAGAUUAAGUUCUCAUAGUUUAGAAAUUGAGGUUGGUAGAUAUCAAGGUAUGCAUAGAAAUGAACGAAUCUGUAAAGCUUGUAAUACUAAUAUAGUUGAAUCGGAAUAUCACUUUUUGUUAACGUG